AUGGGCAAUGUCUUGAAAGCAGGGAAGCAGUACGAGGAAACGCAUGUUCAUGAAGUGUACGAGCAGAUCGCCUCACACUUCUCGUCAACUCGCUACAAGCCUUGGCCCAUCAUCGAGCGAUUCCUUCAAGAGCUACCGGCCGGUUCGAUAGGACUAGAUAUUGGAUGUGGCAAUGGCAAAUAUUUAGCCGUCAAUCCAAACGUCUUCAUCGUUGGCUCAGACAGAUCGUCGAAUCUGGCUAGCAUUGCAUUACAGCAUCAGCCACAUUCGGUCGUGGUAGCAGACAUACUUGACCUGCCUCAUCGGAACGGGCACUUCGACUUCGCCAUCUCUAUAGCGGUGGUACAUCACCUAUCAACGACAGAGCGACGGCGGGAAGCCAUUGAUUCGAUACUUACGACACUCCAACCAGAUGGCAGAGCUCUCAUCUACGUAUGGGCGCUGGAGCAAGGAAGCAGCCGGCGCGGCUGGUCUGAAGGCGACGAGCAGGAUGUGAUGGUGCCGUGGGUCAUGAAGGGAUCGAAGAAGUCGAAGGUAACCAGCGGGCAAGCUCCAAGUGAUCAGGUUGUCAUUCACGGCGUCGAAGACAAGACAUUCCAUCGCUACUACCAUUUGUACCGCAAGGGCGAGCUAGAAGCUGAUGUUAAGGCCGUCGGUGGCGAAAUAGUCGAGGCUGGUUAUGAGAAAGAUAAUUGGUGGGCAAUAGCAAGGCCGAAAGAUGUCAAGUGA